GUCCGCCCGUCCUCGACGGUAAGGAUGCUCGAACCACACCCGCCGACGCCGGCGCCGAGCCGCCCCCGCCCCGGGCUGACCGCGUACCACGAGUCUUCGCAGUUCAAGCACUGGCGAUACUCGAAAGCGGGGCUCGACAAGCUCCGGCACGAGCUCAACGAGAAGAGCAAGGAGGUGACGGACCGGAACGUGGCUGCUGAGAAGGCGGCUCAAGAAUCUCUCGGACAUACCUCCUCCCUGCCCACCCCCGCCUACCUGUCGGUCGACGACGAGCUCCUCCUUGUCCGCUUCUACUGCUCCCACGCCAGCACCAUCUGCCGGCAAGGCUUCGGCUCGCCGGAGGAAGUCGAAGCCACCGCGAUCUCAUACAUCAAGCGGUUCUACCUCAAGAACAGCGUGAUGGAAUGGCACCCGAAGGUGAUCAUGCCGACGUGCCUCUACCUCGCGGCCAAGACGACCAACCACAACAUCCCCAUCAAGGACUUUGUGAAAAAGUUCGAGAAGUUCAAAGCGGACGACGUGCUCGACCUCGAGUUCCUCGUCGCCCAGAGCCUCUCCUUCGAGUUCUGGGUGCGGGGGGCUGAGCGCGCCCUCCGCGGCUGGGCGCUUGAGCUGCAGUCCUCCCCCGUGAGCGGCGCAGGCGAACGCGCACAGCGCGCGCUGCCCAAGGCGCUUCGCGCGCUCGCGGCCAGCCGGAUGACCGACGCCGAGUUCCUCUUCGCGCCCGCGCAGAUCGCGCUCGCGUGUUGGCGCAUCGCGGACCGCGAGUUGACCGACGCGUUCCUCGAGGCCAAAUACGACGGCGCGGAGGAGGGCAAGCUGCCAUUUGGGAUUGCGCAGGAUGCGCUCCUCGGGAUAUCGGGCGACCUCGAGACCAUGAUUCGCGCAGGAGAGGCACAGCAGGAUCUCAAAAAGGUCAAGGAAGUGGACAAGCGGCUCAAGAGCUGCGCAAACCCCGAAAAGGUGCCGGGCACCGCGUUAUACAUCCAGCGAAAGGCGGAACGGGAGGCCAAGGCCGCCGAGGAGAGAAAGGAGAAGCAGGACAAGAUUGCGCGCGCGCGUGAGGCGGACGAGAUGGUGUUUGGUGGCGAUUUGAAGCUGCCACAACAUAAAGACGACCCGUUUUGAACGCAGCGCCUGCCCCACGUGACCCCUUCUAUUGUAGCCGACAGACUGACAGCAUAGACCAACAACAGCAGCCCCGCCAGGGUGCAAUCACAGCUUUCACAGCAUGUAUGAGUGGCAACGACUGGCAGUACAGCCGUGGCAAGUGUACUGAUGCACGGAUGCAGGGCAUUGACAGAGA